AUGUCUAUCUCUGGCCUAAAUAUUUAUUCUAACAUAUCAACUGAUCACUGGAUUCUUGAUAAUUACUCCAACGAAACUCAGGAUAAACAUUACUAUGAAAGUCUACCAAACUUAGAAAAUUAUUUUCAUUAUUAUUGGACAGUGAAUGAUUCAAAUAAAUUGAAACCUAAAUCGAAAACUAAAAAUUUCACUGAUAAACUUUCUGAAUCACUGAGUGAAGAUUUAAUUCGGGUCGCAGUAUCUUUGGUCAGUUUUAUAGAUGAUUCUAGUUCAUCUAGUUUUUCUACUGGUUUCUCAUAUGAAUUUAAAAUAUUGAAGAACUCAAUUUUUAAAAUAAUACGUGAUUCUAUGUUCUUGAGUUUUUAUAAUAUCCAAAAUGACUCAAAAUUACUUCCACAUCGAUGUUUUACCAUAUAUUGUAAUAAAGAUCUUAACUUCUACGAAUUCGUUUAUAGAUUACUAAAAAAUACUUUCUAUAACACUUUAAAUGGUAAAAAAGAAUAUGUUUCUGAUGAGUUGAGUUGUAUUUACACCCUUGACCUAUCUUACUAUGGUGGGACCUUUGGACCUAACUUUUGUUAUACAAACCGUUGUUAUUUGGGGACUUGCUGUUGUAGAAGUUGUUCAAAAGUGAUUGAUUGUUUGGAUAAAAAUCAUAAAGAUCCCAUCUCCAGUGAAAACCUGGUAAAAUUAUUGACUAAUGAACAAAAUAGUUUGGCCAAAUUCUUUAUCCAUAACAGGAAAUGUUCAACUUUGGAAUAUGAACUCCUGAAGAUAACUUUUAAUUCCUUGGUACUAAAGGAUAAAAUUAAAGAAAAAUUCAAUUUGCUCCUGAAUGAUAGGAAUUCGUCCUUAAAACCCAUAUUUACAUACUGUUUUGUGUUGAUUAAAAAUUUCGAGGCCUUAUUUAACUGUACUUUGGACACUGACAAAAACACAGUAAAUUUUGCCUCUCUAGCACUGGAUCUACUUUCGGAGUAUUCUGAAAUAUGGGAUACACUGGACCUUCCAUUAUUAUCAUUUGCUUUCCUAAAACCUUGUGGUCCUAGUUUUGGUAAAUUCAAUUCAUCAGACUUCUGUUCUGAUUACCAUGUUACUGAUGAAUCGUUUUUACAGAGUUAUUCUUACUCGCCAAUGGAAAUUCUUGCAAAUCGCUUUAGUAAUCUCGCCACAAUAUCAGAUGGUCUCUUCGACGAGAAUUCUAAAUUACUUUACUUGCAAGAAUCAGUUAAGAAGUAUUCUAAAGGUGACCCAAAAGAGGUUUCUAAUGAUCAAUUUUCAAGAGAGAUGAUAAAGAUAAUCAGAGGAUACACGUUGGAUGAACUUAAGGUUCUAAAUCGUAUGGCCUAUUGUGAAAGUUUGAAGGACAAAUGUACUAACUUUGGGGAAAAUUACCAAAAGUAUCUGGAAAAAGCAACAUGUUUGAGACAAAUUACUGAUUUUUCAAGUACACUUGGGAUUUAUCCAGAGCUAACAAAGUUUUCUAACACCCAUAACUUGUGUCCCUUGAAGAAGGUCAACGGUCAAAUAAUUUGCAGAACUGGAUUGGAAUCUUUGGUUCUUACCGAAAAAACUAUAAAUGAGCUUAAUUCGUUUUUUUCUGAAGAAAUUUGUCAUUUUUCUAAGGGAAACAAAAGGCCUUCGAUAGGACUAGUUAUAAAAGGGGAUUCGGGAGUUGGAAAGACAUCACUAGUUCAUUGUAUGGCUCAGGAGAUGAACAGUUUAUUAUUUUUUUUUAAUAUUUUGAGUUUUCUGAGGCCAGAAGUCGGACUUUCAGAAAAAAUUCUUCAUUCCUUCCUUUCUAAAAUCUGGACUCAUUUUUCAGGCUCUAAACAGGGGCCUAGAAGGGACUUGGUGAAGUGUGUAAUACUGUUAGAGGGGUUAGAAGCGCUAAAAGGAGAGGAAGGAUACCUUAAAAGGCUAAUUUCUUUCAUUUGUAGAGAGUUGGAUGAAUUCAAACUCAGAUCUACUUUUGCCUUGGAUUAUUCAGUUUUAUUUGUAACAACAUGUCAAGAACACUCUGACUUACCGUCUGAACUUCUCCAAGAAGGAAGAUUUUCUGAAAGGUUGGAGUUGGCUACACCAGAAAUGGAUGAAAAUUUGGUAAGAAAAUGUUUCGAGUUGUUUUUGAAUCUGAGGUGUGAUAUUCACGAACAGAUGGACAAAUUGAUUCAACACAUUAAGAAGAAAAACUACCUACCCCUUUUAACACCUCUAAAAAUAGCUGAAAUCUCUAGAAGGGCAGCUUUACAAGCUUCCACGGACAUAAUGAGCAGAUAUAAAAAUUCAGGCGAUAUGGAAGAUUUUGAAAAGAAUUUAAUCAGUUUGGAAACAAUUAUAGCAGCAUUAGAUUCCACAUUAAGUUAG